CCAUGCCCCAGAUCAACCGUCUAUCUGGCUCUCUCUCCAUCAACAGACGACAAUUACGACUCUACCCGUCGCUCCAGAAUACCUCAACGCUGUAAUCCAUCAUGCCUCAAAACGACCCCCUCGAUGGCGCAAUCGUCAGCUUUAUCAACUACGGCACAGGCACUGCUCUUGAUCUCACAGGAGGGAAUUCGAAGAACGAGACUCCUAUUAUAGGCUAUCAGUUUCAUGGUGGCGCAAACCAGCAAUGGAGACUGGAACGGGCUGACAGCAGCACCGUUUGGCCGACCUGGAAGCUCAUCAAUGUGGCGACCAAAACUGUCGUCGACCUCGCUUUUGGAGGCGCGAACAAUGGCAAUCCCAUUAUCGGCCAGGAGAACCAGGCCAACAACAACAACCAGCUAUGGCGCCUUGUCUCAGCUGACCCUCUGGGUCGAGUUGUUAUGAUUCAGAAUAUCGGCACUGGUACCUACAUCGAUCUCUUCAACGGCAGCUCCGCCAACUUAACCAAGAUCACGGGCUGGGCCGGCAGCGUUCAAGACAAGAAUCCCAAACAGCUGUGGCGAGUCCUCCGAAUGAACUAG